AUGUUGGGUGAAAAUAAAAAAAACAUUUGUGCUUGACAAUAUUUACGACUUAUUUUGUAUUCCCGCGGCUAGCACCGUCGUAGUAAUCCUGAGAGUGUACUGGGGCGAAUAACGAGCGCGACGUUGGUAAACCGAAAGGAGGAAUACAGUACUCGUCUAAAAAGCUUCGAGGGGCAAUAUGAAGAUUCCCACUGGUACCAACUUGUCAGGUCCAGGUUGAUCAGACAUGAAGAGGAGACUAUGCUUCAUGGGUGCAACAACCAGCUCCAGAGCCAUGGGUGCAACAACCAGCUCAUCAGUCACACAGUCAGGCGAGCCUAUCUUUUUUCUACCUCCGGACAUCCUGGAGGAAAUCUUCCUCAAUCUGCCCCCACAUGUAGUUGUUUGUGUGUGUCGACUGGUGUGCCAUCAAUGGAAAGAAGUAGCCGACAUGGAGUCUUUCUGGAGAGAAAGGUGUAGAAGAGAGGGCUAUCACGUCCACGAUGCUUCCAAAGUACCCAGUGACUGGAGGCUGUUUUACUUCUUGUGCAAGAAAAGAAGAAAUCUUCUCAAGAAUCCGAGGGGCGAAGAUAAAUUUCAAGAUUGGACCAUAGUACAGAACGGUGGUGACAGGUGGAAAGUAGAGGGACUUAUGGUACCACAUCCAAACGAGAAAGUCCAGAAGAAUUUUGUGACCUCUUAUGGCACGUGUAUAAAGUCCCAAACUAUUGAUUUGGGGAAGGAAGGUUACAGCCCGUCCUUUAUGGACAAGUUCCAGCCUCCCAUCAGAAUAUCUGACUGGUACGCACCUCGCUGGGACUGUGGCAGCGAAUAUUCAAUAACCGUGCAGCUGCUAGAUCGCAAGAAUGUGGUUCUUCAGACGUUUACUCCCGAUACCGUUUACUUCCCACAGUGGAACGAUCAGCAGUGGCAUCAGAUGACUCAUGUGUUCAAGGACUAUGGACCAGGAGUGAGAUACAUCAAAUUUUUUCACGGUGGUAAAGAUACACAGUUCUGGGCAGGAUGGUACGGCAUUCGUGUAACAGACAGCUGCGUUGAAAUAUGUCCAGCCUUGGACACGGAUCAUUGAAGUAACUUCAGAUAUGUCUUAAUAUAUGAAAAGUUUAAUACAUAUCUUUACUUAAACGACUCACCAAGCUUUUUGUGACCCUCAGAAACAUUUUUAGUGAACUCCACAAGUCCCUGUGAAAUGGAGAAACUUGCUAACCUCACGCUGCUUGGAUCCCGUUUGUGCUUGUAACCAUCGUCCAACUUUAAAUGUUUUGUUCUGCAUGAAUACAAUGUGUAAUCAGUUUAACCUUAAACAGUAUAUAACCCUCUUCCUAUAAAGUAAACAAAAUUAAUAAAACAAUUAACUGGCAAUAAUUUGUGUACUAUUAUAUUUAACCCCUCUGGGGCAUUUCAAACAUAUUUUAAAGAAA